UGACGUAGGCACGCACACCCCCGCAUGGGCGUUCCGCCGCUUCCGGGAGACGCGUUGGCAAUUUCCUAAACACGACAACGCGACAAUUCAGCAGCUAGCGAGGCCGAGGGACGAGGGCCUGUGGUGUGUCUUCAUUUUUGGAUUAUCGCGACGGGGAAGCCAGCUAACCAAUUGACAGCUAUUUAUCAUGAACAGUAUGUUUUCUGGUUUUCUGUGGGUGGUGCCUCUCUGUACAUCUUGGAUCACCAUGGCACAAGAUUUUUCCCAGUGGUCCUGAUAUGGAUAAACAGAUGAGUCCCAAAUUUUCCUCAAAAGACGAAGAAGUGGAUUACUGGAAGUCCCAAGCCAUUAAAUAUAAGAAAAGCUGCCAUGACACCCAGGAGGAGCUUCAGGAGUUCCAGGAGGGGAGUCGAGAGCUAGAGGCUGAGUUGGAGGCACAGCUUGGCCAGGCUGAACAUCGGCUGCGAGACUUUCAGACUGAGAAUGAGAGGCUGAAGAAUGAGGUGGACAACCUCAAGGAAAAACUGGAGCUGCAGUAUGCUCAGAGCUUCAAGCAGAUCUCUGUGUUGGAGGAUGACCUGGGCCAGACACGAAGCAUCAAGGAGCAGCUCCACAAAUAUGUACGUGAGCUUGAGCAAGCCAACGACGACCUGGAGAGAGCCAAAAGGGCAACAAUUGUGUCACUUGAGGACUUUGAGAGCCGUUUAAACCAAGCCAUUGAGAGAAAUGCCUUCUUGGAGAGCGAGCUGGAUGAGAAGGAGUCCCUGUUGGUGUCUGUGCAGCGACUCAAAGAUGAAGCGCGGGACCUCAGGCAGGAGCUAGCGGUAAGAGAGAGGACCACAGACAGGAUGUCAGCGCCCAGCUCACCCACGUUAGACAUUGACAAGGCAGACUCGGCCGUGCAGGCGUCUCUCUCAUUGCCAGCCACGCCGGUGGGAAAAAGCAUGGAACAUCCCUUUGUUGGUCCAAAAGCAUUGACCAACGGCUGCGGCAACUCAUCCCUCACACCUUCAGGCAGAAUCUCAGCUCUUAACAUUGUUGGUGAUCUGCUGAGAAAAGUUGGGGCUUUGGAAUCCAAACUGGCCGCAUGCAGGAGCUUUGCUAAGGACCAGGCGGCAAGGCAAAACCUUGCCAUGGGCAAUCCCGCUCUCAUCAAGCACAGCACCUACUUUGACAAAAACAGCACUCGUCAUGGACUGGACCCCAGUGUUUUGACCUCCAUGACAGCUUCCAGAACCAUUUGUCCACCAAGCCUGCUGAGUAUGUGAGGUGAUGAUGGGAUAUAACAGGACACAUGCCACUGAGGGUGUGUGUGUGUGAGUGAGGGGAGUUCGCACAAGAGAGGCUCAACAAGGCACACUUGUCAUUUGUGCAUUCUUUCUCUCGCACAUAAACGCUUUUGCAGAAUGCAGCUCUUUUUACACUGCACCAUGUCUGAAUGACAUCGGCAACGUGUCACCCCUUGGGACGGCACCCCCAAUCUCCCACCCCAUACAUACACACACCAUGACAAAAGGUCCCAUUUGACCUCACUUCUUCACUUUCUUUACACAGUUCAACUAGUUAUUCCCAUCUAGAAUGUAUGAUAUUUUUUCAAAAGGGAUGUGUUCACGUGUACUAACUGAUGUCAACAGUUGUUUUAUAAUGCAGUAUUCUGUUGCAUGGGUGCUCACGGAGUGUGUGGAAUGUGUGCCAGGGGCGCUUGGCCCGACCCACACUUGACUGAAGUGAAUGUUGAUCAUUCAAGUGUAGUGUGUGUGAAGUGCUCAUUUUUUGAAAUGCAUUAAAUAUCAUUUUUAAUAUAUUUAUGGUACCUCAUUUUUAAAGUUGCAGCUGGCUCUUUAAAUUCAACAGUGCAUUUUUGCUACUAUACAUUUCAGUCAAGCAGCGAGGGAACACAUUGAACCAAAUGUUGACCAGGUUUCAUUUCAGAGCUCAAAAGCUCCUCACGGGUUCCUGUUGCCAAUUUUCCAUUUUUACCAUGACAAAUUGUUUCAUAGUUAUUUAAUGCUACAAAGUGUUCUUUGGCACAAAGCCUGUUUUAUUAUAAUGUGUUCCUAUGCUCAGUGUGUACUGUACAAUGCUUGCAAGGCUGGUUGUUUAGCCACCUUUUGGACAUGAAGGUCUUUUUAUUUAUUCCAAAGUUUGUAUGGCAUGUGUUUAAACAGUGAUGCACAGUGCUUAAAGCCAUUGUGGAAUGAUCUUGACAUUAAAUAAACAUUGAGAUUAACAGUGUU